AUGAUUCAAAUUGAAGAUAAACGAUUAACAAUCCUUAUUGCCACAACAGGUGUAACAUCUGAUCAAUUACCAUCAUCACAAAAUAAUGAAGACCAAACGCAACCACCUAGUUCCGCUAUGUUUACUCUCUGGAAUCUCAUUGCUGAUUUAGUUGACACUCAGAAUUUGAAAGAAAAUCAACAACAGCAAAUCAUGGACUUCUAUGCCAAAGCGGGAACAAUAGUUCCUCGUUUGGCUUGUUUAGUUCAAUUAUUUUUAAAUUGUAUGCAAAUACUUGAACAGAUGAAAGAUUUUGUCGUUUUUAGUGAAGGUGACAAUCCGAAUUCCUUCAUUAAUGAAAAUUUUAUAAGAAAUGUAGAAGCUAUUAUUAAAAAGGAUUACUAUAAUGGAAUAAUAAAAAAUAGGCCAGCUUUGGGAGAACGUGCAAUUAACGAGCUAAUGCAAGAUAAUUUAUUGAAAUAUAAUUACUUUUUGACCAAUGCUCGAGGAUACAACGUAAAAGCUUAUAUGAAAAUACCACCACCAUCGGUGAAUGAUCCAACACGAGAAGAAUUUGUUGCUAAGAUGUUAAAACACGACAUAAACAUUGAUGAAUAUUGUGCAAUAUAUGAAAAAUGUUCCAUUCCAUUGAAUAAUAAUCUUUCCAAAUUGGCAUUAAAUAUCUUUGCAAGUAGUUCUUGUUUAGUUAAUCAAUAUGCAAAGUAUCGAGGUGUAUUGAACAAUAUAAUACAAAAACAUGUUGCUAAUUCAAUUAUUCGUCAAACCGAUACUGGGAGUUUUAUCAUCCAAAAUCAGGAUGCAUUUACUGUUCAGUUUCAUGAUAUUGAAAAUUGGGUUGUAGGUACAUGUAUAGAACAAACAAAUAAUCGAGAUCAACCAACUACAAUGAUCUUUCAUGCACCAGCAUCCAAAGUAACAAGUCAAACUACAACACCAGUUAAAGUUAACACAUUCACGGAUAUCGUUGAAGAGAGUUCCGUGACACAGCAUCAUUGUUGCAUUGAAGUAUUGAGUAAUCAACAAGAUAUAAACAUAACUCAAAAAUCUCCACCUGAACAUAAUAAUUCUUUCGAAACUAUUCAUAAUUUUUCAGCAAUGUCGUGUGAACAAAUUGAUAAUGUUGAACAUAAUAGUUCACAUAUACUUGUACAACCAAUAGUUAGAGAAAAACAUGUACGAUGGAAUGAAAAACAAUUUCGACCAUUUGAUAUGACAGUUGAUGAGAUAAACGUCGAAGGUGAAGCAUCAACAUCAAUUCCACAAUCUCCACAUCUGAAAAAUUAUGAAAAAAAGACAACAAAUAACAAUACACAAAAUAUUGAAAAACAAAUGCCACAUGAUGAGGAAGAAGAAGUAGUACAUACUCGAUCACAACCUGCUCGUAGAAAAAGAAAAGCCGAAACUGAUGAAAAUUAUGGUGAACACCCGCAAACACGAACACAGACUAGAAAAUUAAGAAGAAACUAA